AUGUCGAAAUGCGCCCAUCUGGACCAGAUGCGUCAGGGGUCCAACCUUGCCGUAGACCUGAUCCAGUGCAAGAGCUGCGGGGAGAUCCUGUUCAAGCACCACUUCGCGAAGACGAGCGACCAGAUGCUACUCCAGUGUGUUCGCUCCCGGCAGUAUAUCCACCGCCUGGAGACCACGGGUACGGCCCAGCCCGUGGCGCCCAGGAUGAACCAGUCGAGCUCCUCGGACAGCGAGGCCACGGCGACGACAACGGCGCCAACGUCAAUGCCUCCACCGAGCCCUCCAGGGGCCACCAAGAAGUUGCCCGAGCGCCUGUCGGCCGAGGUCAUUCGGAAGCUCACGGACACGGAGGUGCAGCAGAUCAUCGAGAGCGAGAGGAUCAAGAUCCGCCAGGAGGAGCAGCAGCGCCUCGCGAAGGAGAUCCUCCAGAAGGGCCUCAUCGACACGCCGACGGACCCGACGGAGGUGGACGACAGGGCCAGGCCGAGCAAGAGGCUGGGCGUCAGCCAGAUGCCCAAAGCCGAGUCGGCCAGCCGGAGACCUUCAUCUUGUGUGAAGAGCUGUGUAUUCGGAGCGCUGAUCGCGGCGACGGCGGCUCUGGGAGAGAUACCGGGCACCGCCUGGGAGGCAGCCGAGACCUAUGGCAGGCUGGACCUCGCAGAAGUGGCCUGUGUGUCCGACUCCAGGCUCACGCACGCGAUGAUCGGGCAAGGAGGCAAGGCCAAGAGAUUCAGCGACUGGAACGGGUAUGACUUCUCCACCAGGUCGGGUGCAGAGAAGCUCGUGAAGGCUUUGCGGGUCAAGAGGCCUCGAAGAGUUUGGUUUUCCCCACCGUGCGGAGCAGAGUGCCCAUGGCAGAAUCUGAACCCCGUAACGGCGGAGUCGGAGAAGAAGCUGAUCACGACCAGACGUAUCCAGCGGAACGUCAAAUGGGCUAUCGGUCAGCUGCUGAACGAGGGUUUCUGCGACAUUCACCUCGAGCAGUCGGGACGCUGCAGGUCGUGGACAGGCAACUUCAAGGAGCUCAAGGAGUCCAUGCAUGGCUGCAGGAUUCACGGGUGCAUGUAUGAUAUGAGAGACGAGCAGAGCGGUCUCCUCAUACGCAAGGACUGGCACAUCGCGACCACUGACCCGCAGUUUGAGAAGAAGGUUGGGAGGACCUGCCCUGAUUUGCAUCUGCAGAUGCCGCUGGAAGGCGGCACGAGGGUGGCACUGUCAGCGAAUUAUCCCGUGAACCUGUGCCGGAGGAUCGCCCAGCACUUCAUGACCAGGGCCACAUCGGACGAGGCCCUCGCCUAUCUGGUGCAGGCCCACAACGAGUUGGACGACGAGCUGUGUGCAGCGGGCUACAGGCGCUUGCGGGAGAAGCGGCCCGCCUCUGAAGGACCACCACCGCCGCCGCCGAAGCGCCCAACGCUGGAGCCCACAGCUCCCGAGAGUCAAGGAGAAAGCGCAGGCGGUCAAGUACCAGCUCCUGAUCCGGACGAAGCUGGAGAUGCUCAAGUCCCUCCAGAAGGCGAGGCGCCCCCGCCGACGCCCGAGUCGAGAGGUCAAGAGCAGUCGAUGGGCAAUCUCAGACUGCCACUGCCAAGGAGUGUCCAGACCUGUACCAAGGCAGAGUUGCGCGAGCUGGAGGCCAUCAUCGCACACAUCCAUCGGAAUUUCGGACACUGCAGUAUGAGCACGGUCAGCGCCGCCCUCAAGUCUCGCAAGGCGGACCAGAAGAUCAUCGACCUUUGCAGACACUACGAAUGUCCGUCCUGUAAGGCAGCUCAAAGGUUUCAGAUGCGACCUAUUGCCAGCUCAGAACCAACGUUACCCGCUCCUGGUACCGAGAUGGGUUGCGACAAUUUCUAUUGGACACAUCCUCGACGAGCCUACCAAAUUCGUGGGACCCUCUGUGCAGACUAUGACAGCCGCUUUACCCAGACGCCGAUUCCCUGUCAGAAAGGGGUCGAGGAGCAUUGCGGCAACACCACCGCGAAGGAGAUGAAGGAGGUAGUGCUGAAGGACUGGAUCCACCACUACGGCAAGCCGGAGGUUUUCAGGACAGAUCCCGAGGGUUGCUUCAAGCAGGUCGAGCAGCGCGCCUGGGUCUCGGGUAACGGCAUGGAGUGGAGACCGGAACCCGGAGAAGCUCACUGGCGAAUGGGAGUGAUCGAAAGGUGCAUCGAGACUGUCAAGGAAAUCGCCACUCGCCUCGCCUGGGAGCUACCAGACGACACAGAUCCCGCGGACAUCUUUCGCUGGGCUUGCGUGGCCAAGAACGACCUGAUGCGACACCAAGGCUACAGCCCGAUGAUGCUCAUGAUGGGUCGCACCCCGUCGGGGCAAGGCCUGGAGCAAGUGGAGAAUCCUUCGGUCCUGAGCGCAAAUGUGGUGGACAAACACUUCCAGGAGGUCACGCGCAUCAAGGCGGCUGCCUACAAGGCGUGCGUGGACCACUACCUGUCGGAGAAGACGAAGCGUGCCCUGCUGGCCAAGACGAGGCCGUUCAAGACAUGGGAGCCUGGUGAGAAGGCACACUACUGGCGAGGUGCGAAGAUUAACAGUCACAAGACUCGACCAGGUAUCGCUGGUCGAUUUCACGGUCCCGCCACUGUCUUGAUGCAGGAGCGCGAGAUGAAGAACGGAGUUGCGGUGCGUCGAGGAGUUGUCUGGCUUGUUGACGGUGACCGUCUCGUACGAGCAGCGGCCGCUCACCUCCGCACGACUACGAAAGCGGAGCGGACCCUGGAGAGCAUCUCCGCAGGGAGCUCCGACCACUUCAAGAAGAUUCUUCAGGAGUUGACGAAGGGUGCUUACGACGAUGUGGUGGAUCAGCCUGGUCCGGGAGAAUGGGACGAUAUUCCAGAAGGAGAGAACGUUGAAGUACCAGACCCACCCAGGAUGACAACUCCAAGAAGUAUGGCAUUUCAUCAACCUGAUGAUCACGAAGGUGAAGCGGGGUCGGGCUCGAGUGGCCACGAAGGGGCCGCGUCUGAGGUCUCACCGCCUCCUAUGCCCGCGCAGAAUCCAGCUGAACCGGCACCGACGCCGACGAGAGACCAGUUCGACGAGAGCGAGCCACCACCAGAAGGUUACAACAAGCGGGAAGCCAGUAAGGAACCUUCUGAAGAUCCAGAUCCCAAGAGACAUCGCGCCGACUUUGCUGGGUACGUGGGCCAUCUGCGCCAGAAGGCGUCGACGCUUGUCAUGCCCGAGCUCGGUCGUGCCGAGCCCGAAUCUGAGGGCAGUGCGAAUUGGGUCUCACCCUGGGAGUAUGAUCAGAAGACGAAGGCUUCCGACCUGGUGGGCUUCGUGGGCGAGGACGAGCCGAACCUCGCGAUCAUGAUCGGCUUCGCGCUGGAGGAGUCGGAUAUGGAUCAACUCAGCCGGGGGCCUGACAAGGCCCUCGCCGCGAUGGUCAAGCAGAACAAGGUCGAGGUGAAGCUCAAGAACCUUACGGCAGAGGACCGUGAGAAGCUCCCGAUCGCGAAGGGUAACGAGAUCAAAUCUUUCCUCAAGUAUCGAGUCUGCGAGGCAGCCAGUCGUGCAGGAGUACACCCUGGAGCCCUGAUGAAGAUGAGAUGGGUCAUGACAAGGAAAGAGACGGGCGACCUUAAGGCUCGUCUGGCCGUAGCCCACGUGGACGACCUCAUGAUUGCGAUUGACCAGCACUCGGACCUUGCAGUGGACGCCCUCCAGCAGCUCCAUCGAGCCUAUGAGUGGGGAAGCUGGGAGACUCAAGAUUUUGUUCAGUGCGGGACGCGGAUUCGACAAGAAUAUGAUGGACGCACGAAGUCAUGGGGCCGUAUCCAUCUUAACAUGAAUGACUACGCCCAGGAGCUCGUGGAGAUAGAUAUUCCCGCACAUCGACAUCGUGAUCCCGAGCAGCCGGUGACAUCGUCAGAAGCUACCCGUCUACGAGCCGCCUUCGGUCAGCUCAUGUGGUUAGCUACGCAGGGCGUGCCCCUCAUCGGGGCAGAGCUGUCACGGCUGCUGGCUUACAGUGAUUUCGCCACGGUGAAUACUCUCCUGCAGGCCAACAAGCUCAUCAGGCGCACCAAGUUCGAGGCGACCGAAGAGCUCAUCAAAGAGAAGCACGCGAAUCCGUGUGCGGUCGGCUAUUCGGACGCAGCCUGGAAUGUUCGACGUGAUGGUUCUUCACAGGGUGGUUUCUUGAUCUUUCUGACCGACUAUACCUUGAUGCAGAACCGAGAAGCGCCGAUCUCUCUGCUGGCUUGGGCAUCGGCGAAGUUGCCGAGAGUGUGUCGGAGCUCGAGCGCGGCCGAGGUACAAGCCGCCAGUGAGUUUUGUAGGCUGCUGCUGAGCGAGAUCCUGCUGGGACCCGCGCCUCUCAAGCAGUGGACUUCAAGCUGUGCGAAGAUUCCUGGCGCUUUGGUCCCGGACUGCCGCGGCGUGUUCGAUGCUCUGGAUCGGUCCGAGAGCAGCGCCCUCGGCAUGAAAGACAAGAGGAGCGCGCUGGAGGCCCAGGCCCUCAAGCGCGGCAUGGCCGCCACAUCCACAUCCCUGAGGUGGUGUCACAGUGGUGCGCAGCUGAGCGAUUGUAUGACCAAGAACUCGGAGAAGGCUCGCGCCAGCUACAACCUUUGGCAGCAGCGAGGCACCUGGAAGUUGAUAUACGACGCUAAUUUAUUUCCGAGAAGCAGAGAAGACAGCGAGGACUGCAGACACUAG